CACUCACGCACACACUAUGCGACUCUUUGCUCGGGCCUUCCUUUGCAUGUGCCUGCCCGUUAAUCUGCUCCGACACAGGGCUGCACAAAGUGCAUUUGCGAUGGCAUUGGACAUUGCUCGGUGGGACACGGUGUCUGGCUGGAGGGAUCAUUUCCUUAUGAUGGCUCUAGGCGACCUCUGCUUCGUCUAUGAAGAAAUCGUAACGGACAUUAUCAGAGUCAUAGCUGAAGCCACGCAGGCACCCACCAAGUGCCCCAUUGCUGACGGAACUUACCGUGGAGGGAACGCGCCGGCCAGGAUCAGUCCUCUGCGACAUUUUCCCUCGCUGCCGUAUGGCCGGUACAGAGUGUACACCCUGUAUUUGUUUCCGAAGCCACUGAAAGGUCCCAAAGUGAGGGGCUGCAUGCGCAUCAUUGCCGACGUUGUGACCCAGAACGAAUAACGGUUCGCGUUAAA